AUCUUCUACUCUCAUUCAGCUUUCUUCUUUGGUUAGACAAUGGUGACUUCCUUUUCAUUCUAUGCAAUCUUCAUCUUCUUCUUUUUAACCUUCUUACCAUCCAUUAACACCGCAGCCGCAAAUUCUAAACACCCGCUAUUCGCCUUCGAUCUCAUCCACCGCGAUUCUCCUCUUUCUCCACUCUAUAAUUCCGAUUCCACCUUUUGGGACAAAGCUGAGAGAUUAUAUGAGAGCUCAAUUGCACGCAAUGCAUAUAUAGCUUCCAAAAGAAGAUUAGGCAAGUCCCACGAUGUUAAUGUUGAUAAUUUCUUCUUCUUCCUUGCAAAAUUCUCCUUUGGUUCACCAUGGGUUGAUGUCUUCGCGGUCAUUGAUUCCGGUAGCGAUCUUUUAUGGAUCCAAUGCAACCCUUGCGAGAAUCGCCAGCCACAGACUGGACUAAUCUAUGAUCCCACCAAGUCAAAAACCUAUACCAACAUAUCAUGCGGCUCUUUGAAUUGCAUGUCAGAUCACCAUACGUAUUGUGAUACCAAUAAUGUGUGUGGUUACCGGAAUUAUUAUGUUGAUGGGAGUUAUAGCUAUGGCUUUCUUGGCAUCGAUUCUGUAUUGUUCACUAACCCUGAUGGAAGUACAGUAGCCUCGUAUGUGACCUUUGGUUGUGGUAUUAACAACAAAUUUUCAUCACAAGGCCAUUUGGCUGGAGUAUUAGGCCUUUCUGCAACCAAUUUGUCACUGGUUUCUCAGUUACAAGGAGAUGGACCCCAACAAUUUUCUUAUUGCUUGGGCAAUGCAAGUGAUCCUUCUUCCAAAGGUAAUGUGAUCAUUGGUCCAUAUGCAGAAACCAGUGGCCAAACUACUCUUUUCACAUUUGAUAACCUUUAUCAUGUCAAUCCAAUUGAAAUUAAAGUGGGAUCUAAAAGUCUUAAUCUUUCUCCAAAGGUAUUUGGUCCUCCUGGGAAUGUGAUCUUAGAUAGUGGCACCAUAUACACAUUUUUACCACCGAAAGUAUAUAGAAAGCUAGCUCAUGCUAUAAGAAAGUCAAUCAGAAGCUUCAAGGUCCAUUCAAUUCCACAUCCAAGACCAGGGAUGUUAUGCUACAAGGGAAAUAUUGGAAGAGACUUGAAUGGAUUUCCUACUGUGACAAUUCGUUUUCAAGGAAACGCAGAGUUGGUUUUAGAGAGAUGGAGUAUUUUCAUCAAUGAUGGAAAGGAAAGAUUUUGCUUAGCUUUCGCUUCUACUGGUGGUUCUAUUAGGAGAAGCAUUAUUGGUACCAUGGCUCAACAGUUUUACAAUUUUGGGUUUCAUAUUGAUACCCAGGAAUUGUCUAUUAUUCGUUCUGUUUGCUCAAUUAUCCCAAACCCAACUAUGUAAUUAAUUAAUAUUUGCCUUUUUGUUCUCUAUUUCAUGAUGGGUAUAAGAUGAUUUAAUAUUUUUAGAGAA